GCGGGGGCGGGGCUUCCGGGGGCGGUGCGCGGGAAGAGAACCCAGGGCAUCCGCGGCGGCAGGGGAGACCCGGAGGGGAUCAGCGAUCUGGGGUCCAGGCCGGGGCCUGCCGCCUGUCACAGCCCGGCCGCGGGGAGCAGCAUGAAGUGUCUGGUCACGGGGAGCAACGUGAAGGUGCUCGGCAAGGCCGUCCACUCUCUGUCCCGUAUCGGGGACGAACUCUACCUGGAGCCCCUGGAAGACGGGCUCUCCCUCCGGACCGUGAACUCCUCCCGCUCGGCCUAUGCCUGCUUCCUCUUUGCCCCGCUCUUCUUCCAGCAGUACCAGGCGGCCACCCCUGGUCAGGACCCGCUGCGCUGUAAGAUCCUGAUGAAGUCGUUCCUCUCAGUCUUCCGCUCGCUGGCGAUGCUGGAGAAGACCGUGGAGAAAUGCUGCAUCUCCCUGAAUGGCAGGAGCAGCCGCCUGGUAGUUCAGCUGUACUGCAAAUACGGGGUGAGGAAGACUCACAACCUGUCCUUCCAGGACUGCGAGUCCCUGCAGGCUGUCUUCGACCCAGCCGUGUGCCCCCACGUGCUCCGUGCCCCAGCAAGGGUCCUGGGGGAGGCUGUUCUGCCCUUCCCCCCUGCGCUGGCCGAAGUGACGCUGGGGAUUGGCCGUGGCCACAGGGUCAUCCUGCGUAGCUACCAGGAGGAGGCAGGUGAGGGAGCCAGACAUGGCCUGGGGCAGGGGGCAGAGAUGGGCUGGGAUGGGGCAGGGCCCAGGUUUCCUCCUGUUGCUGUCCCCACAGACAGCACUGUCAAAGCCAUGGUGACCGAGAUGAGCAUCGGGGGGGAGGAUUUCCAGCAGCUGCAGGCCCAAGAAGGGGUGGCCAUCACUUUCUGCCUCAAGGAAUUCCGGGGGCUCCUGAGCUUCGCUGACUCAGCGAACUUGUCUCUCAGCAUCUACUUCGAUGGCCCGGGCAGGCCAGCCAUCUUUGCCAUCAAGGACUCUCUGCUAGACGGCCACUUUGUCCUGGCCACGCUCUCAGAGCCGGACCCGCACCCCCAGGACCUACGUGGCCCGGAGCUCCAGCGGCCAGCGCCUCAGCUUCAGGCUCACAGCACACCCCACCUGGACGACUUUGCCCUUGACGACAUUGACUCGUACAUGAUCGCCAUGGAAACCACCGUGGGCAGCGAGGGCUCACGGACACUGCCCUCCACCUCCCUUUCACCUGGCCUCCAGCCCCCCUGUAGCCCUGGCUCCCACUCAGAGGAGGAAGAUGACACCGAGCCCAGCACCGUGCCUGGGACUCCCCCACCCAAGAAGUUCCGCUCGCUGUUCUUUGGCUCCAUCCUGGCCCCUGCACACUCUCCCCAGGGCCCCAGCCCCGUGCUGGCUGAAGACAGUGAGGGGGAAGGCUGAGCCGGGAAGUCCUUGGAGGACUGGACCAGAGGAAGCCCCAGCCUCCCAUCUCCCAGCGCCAACCAGGGGCGGGGCCAGCUCUCCUCCAGGGUGGGUGGUAGAGGUGGGCUGUGCUGGAGCUCAGCUGGCUGGUCCUGCCGCCUCCCCCAGGCCCUGCUCGGCUAUGUGUGACUGGCCUGGGUCCUGUCGUCUCCCUUCAGCCCCCAGUCCAUCAUGUCUGUUCCCAGUGUUGGUGCUGCGCUGCCACCUGCUGGGAGGUCCCUCACCUCUUAAUCCCACUGUGUGGCCAGGGUCAGGGGCCUGCCUUCUCUAAGCCCACCUCCCUAAGGAAAAACCACGGUGGGGCUGCUGGCCCCUACUGAUUCACCUUCUCUGCCAAUCAGGACCUGUCCCUCCCUCAAAUCCUGGGCACACGUUGGGGAUCCCCUGUAGCCGGUACACACAGUUUUGCUUGCUUUUCCAAAACUCUCUGGCCCUGGCUUGGAAAUUCCAAGGGCCCCUGUGACCUGAGCAUGUGGCUGGUGUUUCCCUGGCUGGGGCCCCAUGCCCAGCAAGCCUCCCAAGUGGCCCUAGGCGGAAGGGUCGCCAGGCACGGCAUUUGGGACAAGGGAGACAGACGCCAUGGCGAGAAUCCAGCUUUGACCUUUAUUCGAGAGACCAGAUGGGUCGCCCCAGGAUCCGGCUGCCAGCCCUGAGGCCAAGCAAGGCUGGAGACCCACAAUCUGGCCCUGCUCUGCCCUGAGCUGCAGCCUCAGCCCCAGGAUCCUGCCUGCAGCCACUGCAGGUGCAGGUGGAAGGAGCCCUGGGGGUUUGGACGCUGCUAUUGAUUCAUAAAAAAAA